GUUGCGACCCGUGCCCGUCGCCAUCUCCGUGAUGAGGAGAAUUCGAGCGCGCCCUCUCAAAUCUCUGUUUGUGAUUUGUUCCUCGAGUUAAAUGCCGCGUGACAGCCUUCAACUUCUGCUUAUCCCCAUCACCCUUUCCCAUUUCCAUCUCCCCCUCUUAAUCGCCAUUGUUUUCCUCAACAUCUUCCUCUCAUCCUCUGCUCCAUCUCCGCCCCACCGCUCAAAUCUCAUGGCACGCGAGCUGGGUAAGCAUUUACUUUACCUGCUCCCUUCUCUUCUCCUAGUAUGGAAAACGGGAGCCGGGGAGUUAGAAAUCGACGAGCGUCCCUUCGACGGGAUCCUCCAAACAUCGCCGCUGCCGAGGCAAGCAGGGGAGGCGAACGGGAGCAGGAUUUCGCGGCCGGAGGGUGGAGAGGAGGAUUGGAAGGAGGAGAUUAUGAGGCUGGCGAUGAUGCAGGAGGCGGUGGAGUGGGUGAAGGGGUUGAGGAGGAGGAUCCACGAGCACCCGGAGCUGGCUUAUGAGGAGGUGGAGACGGGGAAGUUGAUCAGGGAAGAGCUUGAUAGAUUGGGAGUCGAGUAUCGUUUCCCAUUGGCGAAGACGGGGAUCUUGGCGACUAUUGGAACUGGAGGGCCUCCGGUUGUGGCGCUUAGGGCUGACAUGGACGCU